UUGGGCAGGCAGGAGAGACGGGAAACCUCCGGCUUCGCUCGCAGGCUCUUCCCACUCUUCCUCCGCCCUCCCGCAUGUGGCAAGGGCCUCUGCUCCUCUCCAAGACGAGGGGGGUCCUCCUCUCCUCUUCAGCUCCUUCUCUCCGGCCGCUGCUUCCAGGCGUUGCCGGAUGACGGACAGCUGAGGAUCCGAGGCGGCGGGAGCUCUGCUACUUCCUACUACUUACUUACGCGGGGAAAGCGAUCCGGAGCGCUUCUUCACUCUUUUCCUUUCCUUCUUUCUUUCCGCGGUUGGAGAGGAGUUGAUUUUCCCCUCCCCUCCCCCAUUUCUCUGUAGUCGUUGCAAAGAGAAAGGAAAAAAAAAACCCAAACAAAAACAGCGAAUCUAGAGGCGUCGGGAGUGGGAUCUCGCGCGUGGCCCUGCCUCCAGGAACCGGGGGUGGGGGUGGGGGUGGUUAGGGGCUCGUUCGGUUGAGCCUUCGGAUUCCUCCAGCUUUUCUGCCCCCCUCGUCGUCGCACACGUACGAGAAGGCUGGCUUUCCAUCAAUAUCACAGCCACGCGCUUCGUGGAAGUGAGGGGGGGGGAUCCUCCUCUCUUCCGAGAAGGGGGGAAAAAAAAAGAGUUUCCCCCCCUCCCCCCUCUGUGAGCGGACUGUGGUCGGCGCUAGGUGGUGGUGGAGCAGCAAAAGGAGAACUUCGGGCGGAUCUGCCGUGUGGAAAAGAUCGGCUUUCCUUGCAAAACUUUGUUUUAAGAGCUGCCUCUCCCUCGCCUUCCGCCGAUCGCAGUUUCUGCUCCACUGUGUAAAAGGAAGCGCAGCUACGGCAUCCUCCUCUCGAGACGCGGCCCAUUCCGCCCUCCAGGAUACCCAGAUUGUGAGAAGGCGCUCCCAUUUCCUCCAGUCGUGAUGCUAAUCCGAAAAGUCUUGCUCUUCCUUCAGUGCUGCUGGCCUUCUUUGCUGCUUCACUGGAUGCUCCAUCCUAUGUGGGGCUUCAUUCAGAUUACUCAGGGCGAACUCCAGAAGUCAUGCGCUAAGCCUCUAGUAGAGAAAGCUACAGAUAAUUGCCAGCAUAUCUGCCAAUGCAGACCACCUCCAUUACCACCACCGCCACCUCCACCUCCACCACCAAGGUUGCUUGGGGUUUCACCUCCCACCGUUCCUAUUUGCCCCGCUGCAGCACCCUGGCCAAGUCCAGCUAUAAUCAUUGCCGCAUGCUGUGCCAUACCGGUGUUCCUCUUUCUAGUUUUCAUCAUUUGCUACAAAGCCAUAAAAAGGAAACCUAUGAGAACAGAAGAGAAUGGAACAAGUCAAGCUGAAUAUGCAAUGACAUCCUGUCAAAACAACAAGACAGUUGAUGCUAACAAUGCAGUGGCGUAAUUUUCAAAACCACCUCUUGAAUAGUAAACAUUAAAAGCACACAUGGAAUAUGCAAGGUGGGUGAAAUGCAGCAUCGAGAGAAGACUUAUGGCCGAGGACUUCAUUUCAGAAAUAGCGCACGCUUCAGAUAUUCUGAGAAGAAAAGCAGGUGACUCCUCUUUGGCUUGCUGAGUGUCACAAAAAGUGGGAUUAUACCAGGGGCUACUCUGAAAAAGGGAUUCACAGAGGCCUACUCACUGCAUGCUUGUUCUUUUGAAAGCAACAUUGCAGUGCCCCUUCUUCCUUCCUCAUCUUUGAUUGACUGUUUAUUUUUUGAAAAUGCUUCAGCGAUUCUUUGAUGAUUAAGAGAGUGAUCUAUUCAAGACGGUAAAAUACCAUAAUUGGGCUUGCAAAUUCAAGCUUUGCAUUUUUCUGUUUCUCUACAGUCAUUUUAAGACCCACCCUUUAUGAUGAUCAUAUUGUUAAAGUGGAAAAUUUCCAUUCACUGAAAGGGAACAUCCCUUCCUGCCCAGCUGCAUGAUUUCAUGGAAUGUAUCCCCUCCUACACAAUCUGAUGACUAGAUACAGAUGCCACUACUACAGACAUAAAGGAAUUCAGAAUGUCUUACAGCAAUUAGCUUUAUUGAUCGAAAGAAAAGUGUUACCUAGGAUAACAUUUUUAAAGUGUUUUAAAUACGGUUAAUCCAUAGUCCAGAAACAUUUUGGGCCUUAGUGUUUUUAAAAAAUCUAUAUUUGGGUACAUCUAUUAUUAUUUUGCAGUUUUGCACAUGUAUAUCCACCACACUAAUCUGUAGACAAGAUCUCUAGAAUGAUCUAAAAAUGUUUGACUCUGGAGAACAACAAGCUGCAAUGGAAACAACUCCUUAAAGACUUUCCUAUUCGUUGAGUAGCUCCUCCAAAUGAGUGCUAAAUAAAGAAUUUUCUGUUGUAGGGAAAAAGCUGUGAUAGACCAGUCCCCUCUUUAAUAAGGGGCUGCCAAUAGUGCCAAAAUUGCUCUGUGUUGUAUCACUUUGUGAUAAAGUACCAUAAACAGUUUAAAAGCAUAAUCCAACUCUCCAUUGUCACAGUGUCUUGUUAGGCACAGUCACUUUAAUUUGUAAAAAAACGACUGAUGCUAUUACUUGUCCAUACCUUGAUUAAGAACUUAAAAUAUGGUUUCUGUCUUUUCUUUUAUAUGCCUUCAUUUGUCACAGCUGUACCAGAAAAACAAAACAAAAUGAUGUGUCACGAUCUGACUUCUUGUCUUGCUGUCAAGUUUCAGUGAUAUUCUGUCUUUGUAGAUUCAAGCAGUCUAAAAGAAGUUCUGUAGUCUAGAAUCAUGGUAUUGUGUCAAUCCUAAAUCCUAAGAAGCUGGUGUGUUGGCUGAAUGUAGCUAGGAUUGUCUCCAAGUAGAAUUCCAGUGUAUUCCAAUCAGUUUUUCAAAUAAGAAUUGAAAUAAGAACCUCUUAAAAGUGAGGGAUGGGGGACAUCUCUGUAUUGAAUUCUGAUACUCCCUCACUUAGACAAAGUCACUGUAUAAUGCUGUCCCAGUUAAAUAUGAAAAAUGAUGGAUGGAUAAGUGAGUGAGUGAGCGAACGAACGAUCGAUCUAACGAACGAACGAAUGAAUGGAUGAAUGAAUGAAUGAAUGAUUUUAGAGCCUUUGGCCAGUCAACAGUAUACAAUAAUACUUAAAAUCAAUAUAGUUAGUGCUGUUGCAGCAACAAUAACUUGCCUUUAAUAGCAAUAUAAAAUACUUUUGCAACCAUUUUAGUUAUGUCUGAGCUUGCAUCUGCAAGGCAGUAAGUUACAUAAAAUAAAUAACUUAUUCCUAGGAAUCUUAAAAAGUAAUGGUUGUAUUUGUUCUUUAUAUACCAGUAGAGGAUACAGUACAAAAAAGCAUAUUCCCAAGGAGUAAGGGUUGCCAGGGUGUCAUUGGUUCCUUAUAAAUCUCAUUUUUAGGAUGGAUAAGGAAAAUUCAUUUAAACAGGACGGUGAAAGAAAUCCUAAACAUACCUGUUCGAUAUGAUGUGAUCAAAAUACCUUUUAUAUGAUUUCCUGGACCAGGAAAAGAUUAGUACCUUCGUUUUAGAAUACUUUACAGUUGAUUUGUUAUUACUGUAAUAUUGCUAGAAGGCUGUCAGACAUAGUUACUUCUGACAAAGCAAAAUCGGUGAUAUCAACAUAUAAUAAAAAAGGCACAAAUGUAUUUGUCAACAUAGGGCAGCAAAGUCUUCAGUUUCCAAUGACGCUGCCAAGUCAUUCAUAUAAAAAUUGAACAAGAUUGGAGUCAAGACACACCCUUCUCUAGCUCCACCUGUAGAAGGAAAUAUAUUAGUUAAAGUGCCAUUAGGACUAUAUGUAAUCUGCAAAAAAGGAUUUAGAAUAAUUGCCUUCUGGUCAGUUGUGUUUCCCAUAGUAGUCUCCUAGAAAGAGAUGAGAUGAGCAGCACAUAAAUCAGCUAAAUAAUAAAUAAAUAGAAUUGAAAGCUGCUUUAAGCCAAUAAAAACUAUGAAAAGAUUACACAUCGAUCCCCAGAAAUAUUUCUCAAUGGGAUGGUAUAAGACCAUAUGUAAUCUAUUGUAGAGCAACCUUCUCUGAACCCAAUCUGCUCAAUCUCCAAGAUUUUAGGAUCUGCCAGCUAUGACUUUAACUCAUUUAAGAGAUACAUAGCAUAAAGUUUGCCUACUCAGGGCUGUCUUAAUGCCAGGGCCUGCUGGGCAUUUGCCCAUGGGCCCCACGGGCCUAGGGGCCCCAUACUAAUCUCUGUAUGUUAACCUUUCAAUGCACCUUGUAUCAUAUAAAUAUAGCAACAUAUUUAUUGCAUUUUUAAAAUUAAAAUUAAUACUAACAUGCAAAUAUAUGUUUAAUUUUAUCGACCGUUGACAUUUUUAUUCCUGUGAGUAGUUGUCGUAGGGGCCCCACUACACUGCUUUGCCCGGGGACCAUCAUGCUGUUAAGAUGGCCCUGUGCCUACUGUUGAUAACAUGGGUACUAUGGUGGAAUUUUCCCUUUUAUUAUUGAUAAGAGAUUUUUCAAACAAAACAAAAUUAAUAUGGAGUAAUGCCCACCAUUUUGAAUUGAUUUUAAUAAAUUCUGAAGGUAUAGGAUCUGUGGGGAUUGCCCUGCCUUACCUAUUUCAUUUUUUUAAUAGAGUCAAGAAGUGUGCCUGGGGGGCAGGGGAGAGGGAUUGGUAGUGAGAAGUGGACUCAAGGAAAUGAUUGUGUGUUUGUAAAUUGCAAAAAUGUGGCUCUCUCAAGUUCCAGCAGAGAUUUUACAUAAUGGAUUUUUAGAAUACCUUCCCACAGCCUUGGAAAAAAUAGAUUUCUUUGCCUUUACUCCUAGAAAUAUCAAAAACAUUUUUUCCAAGUGGCAUGACUGGGGAAUCUUCUUACUGCCUGCUGUAUAGCUUUUGUCAAUGUUGCAAACUUGUUAUUUCGAAACCUACAUCUUACUGUCAGCCACUGUUUAUUAUUUUUAUUUUUAAUUUGCCUGGGUUAUAUAUAAAAUUUUCUUUACAGUGAGCCAGCAGCAUAUGCAUAAAAAAUAAACAAGAUUAUCAUUAAAAAAAUAAUCUCAGAUACCCGUCAUUGACAUAAGCAUAUUUAGUUUAACCAUAUCUUCAAGAGAAUCAAGGCCACAAGUAUUUCAGAUUCCGUCUUCCUACCUCUUGCAUCAAUUUUGGCUCCUGGAUUGAAUCUUGGUUUUUGGUUCUUUCAAUGUCAUUUUUCUUAGGAUUGUACUCACUUUUUUUUAGGCCUGCAUUUUGGUCAAGAAUAUUCAUCAGUUUCUUUAAAUUUGCCUUGGCAACUCAUGACCACAGUGCCCCUUCUUACAAACUUUUUUUUUUUUUUUUACCAUUGUCAUUACAUGAAUCGUGGUUAUUAAGCAAAUCUGGCUUCCCCAUUGACCUUGCUUGUUGGCAGCUGACUGAGAAGGUCACAAAUGGUAGUCAUGUGACCCCCCCAAAUACAUGCCAGUUGCCAAGUACCCAAAUUUUGAUCCUAUGACCACAGAGACGCUGCAAAGAAAAUGCAAGGACUGGUUGUAAGUCACUUUUUUUCACCACCAUUGUGAUUUCCAAUGGUUGCUAAAUGACUGGUGUUAAUUUGAGGACUACUUGUGCAAAUAGUCGCAUUUAUUAAUUUAAGAAAAUAUGUAAAGUAAUAGGAUAUAUAUAUAAAGUAAACCUCUCAGUGCAGUACUAAAAUAUGUUUUAAUUACCACAUAGUUUUAUGCAGAAAAACAUUAAAAAAAAUGAAAAAUAAACUAGAAAUGAACAAAAUACUAAAACAUUGAGUUUUAAAUUGUGCAGCUAUUUAGAUAUUGGAGUGCUCAAUUAUUAGUGGUAAAACUGAGAAUAGAAUAGCAUGGACUGGUAUCAUCUUCCAUUUCUGGGCUUCAUAUUUGCUGAUUGAUUCAGCAUUUCUAUAGCUAUUUCGGUUACAUUUGUUAACAAGGCUCUCCAUUCUGUCAAGAAGGACUUUAUUAGUGGAAUUUCAGAAUCCCCUGCUCGCUCAAGGAAGUUCACCGGUUGCAGAUGAGAGAUCAGCAACAAGCCUGAUUUUCAUUCCUGCUAUUCAUCUGGAUGAGCAGGGUCACUAACAGAUUUUGAAGGCUCGUUCCCUUGUUCUCCACCCACUACACUAACUUGGAGUUGAUAGGCAUUUAAGAAGAGAAGUCCGUAACCUUUAGCUAGUUUAUACCACAGUUAAUUGUGCAAGAAAUUUUCCUUUCUUCGGGGUCUUCAAGGACUGGUAUCAAACCAGACCCUAUUAAAUUGCAGGUAGAUCCAUGAGAAGUAGAAGUACAAAGGGAGAAAGCAGAUGCCAGAAAGCAAUAAAAGAUCUGCACUUGGAUAGAAGUAUUUCUUUUAAAGACAAUCAGUGUUCACAUAGGCAAUUCUUGCUUAUGUUAAAGAUAAUACUAGAGGAAUAAUAAACUUGCUUGCCAGUUUGAUGUCCCUUCUUUCCUCCUAAUUAAUCUAUUGUGUGAAUUGCAUAACUAUCACUUUUAGAGGUUUCUCUGUAGCUUAGCUGUUAGCUAUUCUCCAGACCUCAGUAAAACAGCCGUAUAAUGGACCUCCACCUAUUUUAUUAAAAUGGCCAUGAAAAAAAAAAAAAC